GCUCUACAGUUUGUAGUCGGCUCGAUGGUGCUUUGGGAGGCCAAAGAAACGGUCUGGGGCCGCGGUUUGGAAAAAGACUUAAAAAAAGCAAAAUAUGUGAAAAAAGAAAAGACUUCCAGAAUUCAGAAGACUCCAUCUUCCGUUCUAGCUUUGUAGAGAUCCUCAAUGCAGCCUUCAGCCUUUUCUGAGCCAUUUCCCCAAGAGGACACUCCAAAUUUCAAAAGGAAGGAGUAUAGAAUGUCCACUGAGAAAAACCAGGAUGAGCUGGCUUUGAAGAGAUCUAAAAUGCAUCCCCCAGCUUCUCCUGAGCUAACCACACAAAAAGAUUGUCCCAGUUUCUUAAAACAAGAGGGCAGAGUGUCUACUGAUGAAGAGGAGGAGCAAGAGGAGAGAAUACGCAGGUACAGGCCAUCACUGCUGCCAAAAAGACAGAUGAAAAAACGAGCCAUCCAUGCAGUUACUAAAGAGGAUAGGUGGGUGAACAAAGAGCAAAAAGAAAGGAGCAAAUUGGUCAAAACUGAAGAUAAGAGUGAUCAUUCUGAUGACACAGAGGAGCGGCACCUCUCCACCAAGCUGCCUGACCAGUUUGCUAAUCAGCACGUCUCCAAAAGUGGUUCUCAUUCAGAGACUGAUGACAUGGUCUGUUCCAAGGAUGUUCUAGUAAACCGGUCUAAGCAGCGCAGUCGGCACUUAUUAUUGAGUGAUAAAAAGAAACGUUUGACCAGCAAACUAAAGACUGAUAUGUUCUGCAAAGAAAACUCUACACAGGCAGAAACAGAAGAGAAAAGGCCUUCCUCGCUUGUCAGCAGACCUGGAGUAAACAUAUCCCAGGGUAACAAUCCCAGGAUUCUGAUUCCAGGGACAGGUAUAAAAUUGUCAGAAUUAGGCCUAGAGUCUGAGUCUUCUGAUCCUUCAGAUCCAGAUCCGGCUGAGUUGGACGAUCUAGAAGAAGAUUUGGGUGAAGAUGAACCUGAAACAGGACUUUAUGGUGAAAAAUACAUUGAUGAAUUUGGACAGAACUGCUAUGGCAAAUCACCUCGCAAGUCAGCAGAUUACUUUAGCAGCUUCAUCACAAAGGGACAGAGCAAAUACAGUGGAUCUUUCCACCCCACUCAAGGUGUUUUCAAAAAGAUGAAGUCAAGCUGUCAAGCUGAAAAUGAAGGAACUCCAAAUGCCAACUAUUCUGAAAAGGCACAAGACAUGGGAGAUGUUGGAGAGACAGCGGAGGGGACCUGCUUCAUUGAUGAAUUUGGAAUUGAACACUCCUCUGUGACACAGGAUGAUGCAAAGCCAUUGACCCUCAGGGAGGAUAACCAUCGAAAUGUAAAAUCCGAGGCGGAAACAACCUUGCAUACCAGCAUAAAAAAGAAGCCUAACACAGAGGAGGUUGGAAAUGUUGAAAAUCUGUACCCACUUCGCCACCGGGUUACAUCUCUUCACAAGAAAGCAAAAAAGAUGAGUAGCCAGACAGACCCUAAGGUUUCUUGUAAUAAUAAAAAAGAUAAAAAAGCUGACCCAAGCCGCAAUGUGGACAUGGAGACCUCUUUGAAAAGUGAAGUGGUUAGCAAAAAGAUGGUUGAACCUGAAGCAAGUGAGGAAAAUAUCUCUUACUGUGAAGAGGAUCUGCAGGUCAAAGUGAUUGAGGAUGAUGAGGAAGAGGAGGAUGAAGAUGGAGAUAAUUCUGAUGAUGACAAAGUUAAUUUUGAAGAAGAGAAGAAGAAGAAGAAAGACAACAAAAAAUAUACACAGAGCACAAAAGCUCUCCGUUCUAGAGUGUUUAUCAAUGAAAUGGGCCAGGAGCAGAACAAGGUUGUGGAAGAAGAGGAGGAUUUUGAUGAACAGGAGGUAGCUGAUGAGGACGACGAAGAGGAGGAAGCUGAUGAAGAAGAUGAUGUAAGCAGUGAUGAGACAUAUGCCAAAGAAAAGAGGCCUCGCAGACGGAAAGCUGUCUCCUCCAUAUCGUCAUCAUCAUCAUCCUCGUCUUCAUCACCACACAGAAAGCAGAAAAGCCGUGGCCUUCAGGGUGAAUCCAAAUCCAAGGAAGAGCUUUUCCACUGCAGUGUGUGCGACCAGACUUUCCGCUUCAAGUCUGGGCUGAAGCGACACUUUGCACGUCACACUGGGGCAAAGCCCUACCCCUGUCCUCAUUGCCCUAAAACAUUUAAGCAUUCGUUCAACUUAUCAUCUCACUUACGCACUCACACUGGAGAGAAGCCUUAUCUUUGCCCCAUAUGCAACAAGGGUUUUAGAGACUCAACGGGCUUGCUCCAUCACCAUGUAGUGCACACUGGGGAGAGGGCACACCAGUGUCCUGUAUGCAACAGCCGCUUUUCACUCCGGAGCAACCUGCAGCGGCAUCUGCGUCGUAUGCACAAGGGGUGGACACCACCUGCAGGUUCAAACGGCCAAGAAAACUCAGAGGCGGCUUUGUCUUCAGAGGGAGCAGAAGCAUCCACAACACAUUCCUGCAGGGACUGUCCAAAAGUUUUCACCUCUGCUGUAAAACUAAAGAAACAUCGGGCUAUCAUUCAUGGUGACUGGCCUGAGCCUCCAAAGCCUCUUCCUUGCGACAUCUGUGGCAAGAUCUUUCGCCAGCAGUGGGAGCUUGAGCGACAUUUUAUGCUGCACGCGGGAGAGCGUCCCCAUGGCUGCUCUGAGUGCGGAAAGAACUUUGCAACCAAAAGUGCCCUGGCCCGCCACCAGAUCACACAUCGAGAAGAAAGGCCAUUUCCCUGUCAGCUGUGUGGCAAGACCUUUGGCACCCCUCGCUAUCUGAAAGCUCACUUGGAGACGCACGUGGAGGGCACACCAUAUGAGUGUGAUGUCUGCCACCGCCGCUAUAGUCUAGCGUCUAGCUUACGCAAGCACAAACGGCGACAUCAACGAGAGAUGAGAUUGGAGGAGACUAUCAAAAAAACUGACUCUGGCCCCCUUGUGUGCCCUGACUGCGGUUUGCGGUUUCCUGAGGGUGCCGCCGAGAAGCUAAGGCUUCAUUCCUGCCCUCGGCCUAAGAAACCCAAGGACCCAAAUGAGGUUUACAUUUGCAGUGAAUGCGGCAAGACCUUCUCUAGCUCCUCAACACUUCGACGGCACUUCACCAUUCACACCGGUGAAAAACCAUUCCAGUGUGAAUCCUGUUCCAAGCGCUUCCGUACAGCCUGUCUUCUAAGACUGCAUCGACGCAUACAUAGCGAGGACCGACCUUUUGUCUGUGAGGUUUGUACCAAGACCUUUCGUUUUCAGGGUGCUCUCCAACGUCACCGUCUGGUCCACGAGAGGCGGAAACAUGUCCCCGAACCUGAACCUGACCCCAGGAAGCGUCAUAUCUGCCCUGAGUGCCCAAAACGGUUCCGCAGCCCACGAGAGCUACGCCGUCACCUACUGGUGCACACUGGGGAAAAACCAUAUGAAUGUGAGCUCUGCAGUAAGCGGUUCAAGCAGGAAUCCUACCUUAAAUACCACCGCCUGCUGCAUGCAGAAGAGAAGCCUUUCCAUUGUGGAGAAUGUGAGAAGAGCUUCAUAUCGCCUUACCACCUGACACGGCACAUCCGGGAUGUGCAUAAGAUUAAAGGCUGAGAGGUAGUAUGACACGGAGGGGGCAAAUCAACACCAGCAGCCAUGAGACUGAAUCACCCUCCUGUUUUUUCCUCAAAUAUUUCAUAAUGUCCCUGCAAGCAGACAUGUGGCAUCCAUGGUAACUUCAUGAACUAUCAUUUAUAAACAUUGAUGGAUAUUCACACAUACAGACACUCCAGAGGUAUUUGUUAAAAAUACUCCUCAUGUGUACACAUGCGUGUGUGUUUGCACUGGCUACCUUGCACCACAGUCUGACAUUCUUGGUGAUAUGAAGGUAAUGGUUUGUGCAAGUGAAGGCUCCAAGCCCAUGUUAGGGGGGGGAACAAAAGAUAAAAAGACUGAAUGUGCCGUGGCAAAAUUUUACACACACAAGAAAAAACUGUUUCUCAAUCCUGUAAGACUUUAGUUCACAGUUUGUCAUUUCUUAUAUUUAUAUAUAAUAUAUACGCAGUGUGUAUGUGUAUGUAUAUGUUUAUGAAUAUAUACUUGUACGUACAUGUAUGCAUGUUUGUGUAUAUAUAUAUAUAAAUUAAAAAAUAAAAACAUGCAUAUCUUUUUAUGUUGUAUGUUUUUUAAAUAUACAGUAAGCCCUACAGCUGCUACUUUGCCUCUGCUGUUGUUAAAUGAUACUGACUCUACCUUUUUUUUUUUUUUUUUUUUUUUCCCCCCCAGUCUGAUCUGUCAUUUACCCUUCCUUGUGUCCAACAGCUGGGCCAGUUGUUCGGCCUGUGAUUUCAUUUUUUU